AAGAAGCAAAUAGUCGCCGCCAAACCGGCCAAACUUCCACUCACGGAAGAGAGAUCGCUAUACUUAUAUACCCACGCUCACUUAUUGCACAGCCCGUGUGCGCGCGGCGGGUUGUUGUGCAUCUCUCGUCCCGCCAUAUACACAUUCAGUAUAGCACAGGACGCGCGCGCGCGAGAGCAGCGGUCAAGACCUUCGGACGUCCGUCUAACGUUUUUUUAUCCAGGCGAAGCUGGGCCGGCAGCCUCCUGACCAGCCAUGGCUAACGCCCUGCUCGACAAGGACACGUUUUUCCGGCGCAUGAAGCGCCUGUACAGCGCUUGGAAGGAUGGAGAAGUCGGAAACGAUGAUAGCUUCAGCAAAAUGGACUGCCUCAUAUCCGUCGUUGGUGCCGACGAUGAUGUUGUCUACAGCAAGUCCACGGCACUUCAGACAUGGCUUAUUAAUUACGAAUUGCCAGAUACCGUCAUGAUACUAGCUGAAGAUUCCAUUCACUUUCUGGCUAGCAAGAAAAAGAUUGAGUUUUUACGAAAACUAGAAGAAUCAAAGUCUGAAGAAACUGGUGUACCUCCUGUGAAACUUCACAUUAGGGAUAGAUCCGAUGAAGAUAAAGCCAAUUUUGCCAAGCUUAUGGAUAUCAUCAGGGGUAGCAAAAAAGGCAAAACAACAGGAUUAUUUACCAAAGACAAUUACAAAUCUGCGUUUGCGGAAGCAUGGAAAGCUGCUUUAAAGAAAGAAAAUUUUGAAACAAUUGAUGUGAGUUCCGCAGUAGCCUAUGUUAUGUGUCCAAAAGAGGAUUCAGAAAUUCUCACUGUCAAAAAGGCCUGUUUAGUAUCGGUUGAUGUUUUUGGAAAGUAUCUUAAGGAUCAGAUUUUGGAAAUAAUUGACAGUGAUAAGAAAAUUAAACAUUCAAAACUUGCAAGCGGAGUAGAUGAUGCAGUGGUUGAUAAGAAAUACGUUACAGGUGUGGACCUUUCUCAAGUAGACAUGUGUUAUCCUGCAAUCAUCCAGAGUGGUGGAAAUUAUUCUUUAAAAUUUAGUGCUGUUAGUGACAAUAACAUACUCCAUUUUGGUGUGAUUAUUUGCUCUUUAGGAGCUCGUUAUAAGGGUUAUUGCUCUAAUAUUGUUCGAACUUUGUUAGUCAAUCCAACAAAAGAAAUCGAGGAAAACUACAACUUCCUACUACAAGUAGAAGAAGAAAUCUUAAAGAAAUUAACAGCUGGAACAAAAUUGAGUGACGUUUAUGAGACGGCUAUAAAAUUUGUAAAAGAUGAAAAACCAAAAAUGAUAGACCAUCUUACGAAAAAUUUCGGUUUUGCAAUGGGAAUCGAAUUUAGAGAAAGUUCAAUGCUACUAGGACCAAAAACGUCGACAGUCGCGAAAAAAGGAAUGGUUUUCAACGUCAACGUUGGUUUAGCAAAUCUUAGCAAUCCAGAUGCAACUGAAAAAGAAGCAAAGACCUACGCUCUGUUUAUCGGAGACACUGUACUUGUUAACGAGGAUCAACCAGCUACUAUCCUCACACCGUCUAAAAAGAAGAUUAAAAAUAUCGGUAUCUUCCUUAAAGAUGAUGAAGAAGAGGAAGAAGAUAGUGGUAAAGAAAAUGAACCAAAACAUGAGAUUUUGGGAAGAGGUAAAAGAACAGCAGUGAUUGAGUCCAAACUGAGAACAGAAAAUACUUCUGAAGAAAAAAGAAAACAGCACCAAAAAGAACUAGCACAGCAGCUAAAUGAAAUAGCAAAGGCCCGGUUAUCACAGCAAUCAAGUGGAAAGGAACAGGAAAAAAUACGUAAAUCCACUGUCUCUUACAAAAGCCUUAGUAGCAUGCCACAUGAUUCAGAAGUUAAAGAGCUCAAAUUGUUUGUGGAUAAAAAAUAUGAAACCGUCAUUUUACCAAUUUAUGGAGUUCCAGUACCGUUCCAUAUAUCUACAAUUAAAAAUAUUUCUCAAUCCGUUGAAGGCGAUUAUACUUACCUUAGAAUUAACUUUUUCCAUCCUGGAGCAACUAUGGGUCGCAAUGAAGGUGGAGUCUAUCCUCAACCUGAUGCCACUUUUGUAAAAGAAGUAACUUAUCGUAGUACAAAUACUAAGGAGCCUGGGGAAAUUUCCGCGCCAUCGUCAAAUUUGAAUACUGCGUUUAGAUUAAUUAAAGAAGUUCAAAAGAAAUUUAAGAACAGAGAAGCUGAAGAGCGAGAAAAAGAGGAUCUUGUUAAACAAGAUACUCUUGUUUUAUCACAAAAUAAGGGUAAUCCUAGGCUGAAAGACUUGUAUAUCCGACCAAAUAUCGUUAGCAAGCGUAUGACGGGAGGUCUUGAAGCACAUACGAACGGGUUUCGUUACACUUCUGUUAGAGGUGAUAAAGUGGACAUUUUGUACAAUAACAUAAAGAAUGCUUUCUUCCAACCCUGUGACCAAGAGAUGAUCAUUCUUCUUCAUUUCCAUCUAAAGCAUGCUAUAAUGUUCGGUAAAAAAAAGCACGUUGACGUGCAAUUUUACACAGAAGUGGGAGAAAUCACGACAGAUUUAGGAAAGCAUCAACACAUGCAUGAUCGUGAUGAUUUGGCUGCAGAGCAGUCUGAGAGAGAGCUUAGACAUAAAUUGAAAACAGCAUUCAAUAGUUUCUGCGAAAAAGUUUCCAAAAUGUCGAACCAAAUAGAUUUCGAUACACCAUUCAGAGAACUUGGUUUCCAAGGAGCACCUUUCAGAAGUACUGUUCUUUUGCAACCGACUAGUGGCUGCCUUGUUAACCUUACAGAAUGGCCACCAUUCGUCAUCACGCUUGAAGACGUUGAAUUGGUACACUUUGAAAGAGUACAAUUUCAUUUGAAGAACUUCGAUAUGAUUUUCGUUUUCAAAGAUUAUCAUCGUAAGGUUGCGAUGGUUAACGCUAUACCAAUGAACAUGCUGGAUCAUGUUAAAGAAUGGCUUAAUUCUUGCGAUAUUAGAUAUUCAGAGGGUGUCCAAUCUUUGAACUGGACCAAAAUUAUGAAAACUAUUACUGAUGACCCAGAAGGAUUCUUCGAAAGUGGUGGCUGGACUUUCUUAGAUCCUGAAAGUGAUGCCGAAAAUGAGGAAGUUGAUGACGAAGAUGAAGAAGAAGAUGAUGCUUAUGAGCCAUCUGACUCCGGCGAUGAAGAAGAAUCGGAAGAAGACUCUGAGUAUUCCGAAGCAUCCGAAGAUUCUGACGAUGAUGAUGAUGAAGAGUUAGGCAGCUCCGAAGAAUCUGGCAAGGAUUGGUCGGAUCUCGAAAGAGAAGCAGCUGAAGAAGACAAAGAAAGGGGCGAUGACUAUAAUCGCAGCGACUUUAGUAAGAGCAAGAAACCAAGCAAACAUUCAUCAUCUUCAAAGGAUAGGCAUAGUUCAAAACACAAAAGCUCCUCUAGUUCAAAGGGUAAAAGCUCAUCCAGUAGUAGGGAUAAAGACCGGAGAUCAUCAGAUAAACGCAGAUCGGAUCGAUCGAGAAGCGAGGGAUCACACAAGAAAGUGUCAUCUCCUUCCAAAUCAUCCAAACACAGUCCGAAAAAGAGCGACAAACAUGAUAAACACAACAGCAGUAGCAGUAGUAGCAGACAUGAUAAACAUAAGUCAUCUUCCUCACACUCAUCCAGCAGCAAAAAACGUUCACGAGAUGACAGUGGGGACAGACGAGGAAGCUCAAAAAAAUCUAAGAAAUAAGUGAACAAUGAAUGCUUUUCUAAGCAAACUUAAUACCCAUGAAAAGUGCAGACUUGAAUCUUAUGUGAUAGUAAUAUUUCUGCACGACUCAUAAGGACUCAGCAACUAUAAGGCAAAAACAAAAUCGUCUCAACACUGUAAGUUUCAGUGCAUAAUUUUGGUUUUUUUCUCUGUUACAUUGUUUUGAUAAAGAUUCGCUACAUCUCACAACUAUUUUUAUAAACUUCUAAUGCAUAAAGAUAUUUCAUUUGAAGUGUCAUGCUGUAGCAAAUGUUUAUGUUAUAUUUAAAUAGGUUGAUAGUUUCGUAAAGUGUAUAAUGCCCAAUGUUUUAAAUCACAGACGAUUUUUCUACCGAAGGAAAUUUGUAAUGUACAGUUGUAAUAAUAAUUAGUGCAAGUUUAUUGAAAGACAGUAAUAGCUGAGCUUUUUAAAAAGUGACACAUUUUUUGUGAAAACCCAAAAUCCGAGAACUGAAUGA